AUGCCUCAAGGCUUUGACAAGUGUAAAGAGCGAUCGGCGCAUAUCGACGAGAUCCUUAAUGGCCUGAAUCGAUACAACCCUGAGACAACAACGAUCUUCCAAGAAUAUGUCACCCAACAAUGCGAAGAGAAAUUCUUUGACACAUAUGCGUGCCUUGCACUACUGAAAUUAUACCAAUUCAAUCCUCAAUUACUGCAUCCAGAAACCGUCACAAACAUCCUUGUGAAAGCUCUGACAGUAUUCCCUUCGCCAUCCUUCUCACUCGCAUUGGCAUUGUUGCCACCAUCAACUAUUCCCUAUAGCCCCGGAAAUACCUCCAUACCCACUACAGAUCUCACCGAAUCGAUACAAAAGCUCACGAACCUGAAUACCCUCCUCGAAUCCGCACAAUAUGACGCCUUUUGGUCCACGCUAGAAUCAGAUGAUCUCUAUGCAGAUCUGUAUGCGGAUGUGGCAGGGUUUGAGGAUCUUGUGAGAAUCAGAAUCGCAGGCGAGGUGGGGAAGACUUUCCGACAGAUCGACUUGGGAGUGUUAAGUGGCUGGCUGGAUCUCCGAGGAGAUAGCUUGACCAAGUUUGUCCAGACUGCUUGCGGCUGGCGAGUUAAUGGUUCCCAAGUCGAUAUUCCAGCAAAUGCAGAGAACGAAGCCAAGAGCGAGAUCAAGGGCGAGAGAGUGGGUGUGGAUAUGUUCAGCAGAGUGUUCAGGCGAGGCUACGAAGCUCCUGCUUAG